AUGAGGCUGCUCCCAACUCUUGCCCAAGCUGUACCCAAGUCAUUUUUUCAAAGACAAUAUAAAAAUACACAGUGCACUUUGAUGUGCUUAAAUGAAAUUGAGAGCAUCCAGGAACUAUUUUUCAAUUUAAACGACGUUGAGACACGUUCAUUAAAAGCAUAUCUGGUGGAUCGUAUUAAUGAGAUCCAGACCCAAGCCACGGUGAUUGUGGUGAACAACGUUCGUUUUUCGCCGGAGCUCAAGUUGGAGCUGAAAGAGAUCUUGUCGAAAUGCAUUGACGGAACGCGGAUCAUUUCAUCAGAGUCGAUUGUUCCACGUCCCCGUUCUCAAAGCUCGACUUCUCGUCGUAUCGAUGAUUUUGUGAAAAUCACGGACGAGCGUCUUCUUCAUCUUGUGGAAAACAAUACGUCUUGGACUGGUGACAAAGUUCCGUUUUAUCUCACUGAGAUCAACCGCAAUAAGUGAUCGUCGACGCCCUUUCUUCUUCCCAACUCCUCUCUCAUCAACGUGUCUUCGUGCUCGGGUCAACUUCUGAUUUUCCGGUGUAUUUUCUAUUUAAGAUCUCCCCUUCACUCCCUAUAGAUCUUUCAUCUCCUUUGUUUUCCCCUCAGUC